CCCUGACUUUCACUGAGUACAGCACAGAAGAUAACUCCUGGCUGCUGGCAAGUUGCAGCAACGUGACCUGCAACGUGACCUGUCCAUUGCUGUCAUGGCCAAGCUGUCAGUGUGCUACUCCACGUGAACUGCUUCUUGUGUAAUUCUUGCUGCAGUUCAGGGGUGUAUGUAUUCGGUGUGUGGCUCAAGUUCAGAGUGUGUGUGUGUGCAUGCACAAAUUUGGGUUGCAAGGCUGUGUUCAAUUGAGCAGAGUACUUCUUAAGAGGUGUUUAUCAGAAAUAACACAUUUCUGCAUUGGCCAGUACACCACAAAUGUCUGUGUCAUUCUGUUCAGGGCUAGUCUGACCACCUUGGAGGUAAUUUUUAAAAGUUUAUGAAGAAGUUGUCUCAAAUAUGACACUCUAAAAGAUCAGAUUUGGACCUGUUAGUCUGAAAAGCAUUACAGUUGUUUUGGGGCAUUGUUUGAUAUUUGGGUUUGGAAGCAGAGUAAUUUUGCAGUGUAAAAGCUCGGUCUCCUGGGUUUCAGAACAUUUCUGCUGCCUCACAGAUGGAGAUGGCUAAGGCAUGAAGGUUCUGAUUCAGUACCACAGCUGAGCUGUCUUGGUUACUCUUUGUCUGUGUAAUGGUUUACUGGCAGUUCACAAACCUGACAGUCAUGCAGGAAAUGCCUUUUCUGGUUGUUUCCACCUCCUGCUGUGAACAGCUGGAUCUCUGUAGGAUUAUUGGUGGUGUACUUGCUUCAUUAAUACUCAUUCCCCUGUCUUUCUUGCCCAGGAAGGAUACAUGACUUGCUGAAAAGAGAAAAUGCUAUGCUGGGGCUACUCAUCUUAUGGACAGCCUGGGAUAGGUAGCAACCUCCAGGUCAUCAUUCCUGAGCCACAGGUGUAUAGGUUCAUCCAUGAUAGAAAUGUUAAGGAGGUGGCAUGUGGAGGAAACCACUCUGUGUUCCUGUUGGAAGAUGGGGAGGUGUAUACCUGUGGCUUGAACACCAAAGGUCAACUGGGGCAUGACUGUGAAGGAAGCAAGCCAGAGCAAAUCGGGGCGCUGGCCGGGCAGCACAUUGUGCACGUGGCCUGUGGGGAGUCGCACAGCGUGGCCCUCAGCGACCAGGGCCAGCUCUUCUCCUGGGGUGCCGGCAGCGAUGGCCAGCUGGGGCUCACCACCAUAGAGGAUUCAGUGACAGUUCCGAGGUUGAUAAAGAAAUUGAACCAACAGACAAUACUGCAGGUUUCUUGUGGAAAUUGGCAUUGCCUGGCUCUGGCAGCAGAUGGCCAGUUCUUCACAUGGGGGCAGAACAGCUAUGGUCAGCUGGGCUUGGGCAAAGAAUGCCCCUCCCAGGCCAGUCCACAGCGUGUCAGGUCUCUAGAUGGUAUCCCUUUGGCUCAGGUUGCUGCAGGUGGAGCCCACAGUUUUGCCCUUUCUCUCUCAGGAGCUGUGUUUGGCUGGGGGAAAAACAGCUCAGGACAGCUGGGACUAAGUGAUGAACGAGACCGGGAGUCCCCGUGUCACGUGAAGCUGUUGCGCUCUCAGAAGGUUGUGUACAUCAGCUGUGGAGAGGAGCACACAGCAGUCCUGACAAAGAGUGGAGGGGUGUUCACCUUCGGUGCAGGUUCCUGCGGGCAGCUGGGCCACGACUCCAUGAAUGAUGAGGUGAACCCCCGAAGAGUUCUUGAGCUCAUGGGCAGUGAAGUAUCCCAGAUUGCAUGUGGCAGACAUCACACUUUAGCCUUUGUGCCUUCUUCAGGAAUGAUCUAUGCAUUUGGCUGUGGAACAAGAGGCCAGCUGGGAACAGGGCACACUUGCAAUGUGAAGUGUCCCUCUCCUGUCAAGGGUCACUGGGCAGCUCAUAAUGGGCAACUCUCAGGGAAACCUGAUGCCUGUAAAUACCACAUUGUUAAACAUAUCUUCUCUGGAGGAGACCAAACUUUUGUGAUUUGCUCCAAAUAUGAGAAUUCCUUGCCUGCUGAUGAUUUCCGGACCAUAAAUGAAACACGUUACACCUGUUUAAUAAAUGAUGAAACUAUAGAUGUCUGGAGGCAAAAGCUUUUAGAAAAGAACAGUUCUAAUUCUGUCAAUAAUGUUGUUCAGAUACUGUCCUCAGCUGCCUGCUGGAAUGGAAGCUUCUUGGAGAAGAAAAUCGAUGAACAUUUUAAAACCAGUUCAAAGAUCCCAGGGAUUGAUCUGAACUCCACGAGAGUGCUGUUUGAGAAGCUGAUGAACUCCCAGCACUCCAUUCUGCUAGAGCAGAUACUGAAAAGCUUUGAAAGCUUUUUGAUUCCUCAGCUGUCCAGCUCUCCACCAGAUGUUGAGGCAAUGAGGAUCUAUCUGAUUCUCCCAGAAUUCCCACCAUUCCAAGACUCCAAGUAUUACAUCUCUCUGACACUUCCUCUAGCAAUGGCUAUUUUGCGCCUGGAUACCAACCCCAGCAAAGUGCUUGAUAACUGGUGGUCUCAGGUGUGCCCAAGAUACUUCCUCAGGCUUGUGGACCUCUAUAAAGGUGCAGUGGUUUACCUCCUCAGUGGAAGGAAGACGCUGCUGAUCCCAGUCCUGUUCAGCAGCUACAUUACAGCUGCUCUGAGGCUUCUGGAGAAACUCCACAAGGUGAAUCAGAAGGUUAAACAUGUGGAAUAUGAUAAGUUUUAUAUCCCUGAGAUUUCCAGCUUGGUGGACAUUCAGGAGGAUUAUCUCAUGUGGUUUUUGCACCAGGCUGGAAUGAAAGUAAGACCAUCCAUCAUGCAGGAUGCUGUGACUCUCUGCUCUUACCCUUUCAUCUUUGAUGCUCAAGCUAAGACCAAGAUGUUACAGACAGAUGCAGAAUUACAGAUGCAGGUUGCAAUAAAUGGUGCAAAUUUGCAGAAUAUCUUCAUGCUUCUCACCCUGGAGCCUCUGCUGGCCAGAAGCCCUUUCUUGGUACUUCAUGUUCGCAGGAGUAACUUAGUUGGUGAUGCUUUAAGGGAGUUGAGCAUCCAUUCGGACAUUGAUUUGAAAAAACCUCUCAAAGUCAUCUUUGAUGGUGAGGAAGCUGUUGAUGCUGGAGGAGUGACAAAGGAAUUUUUCCUCCUGUUGUUAAAAGAACUACUCAACCCUAUCUAUGGCAUGUUCACUUAUUACUCAGAGUCUAACCUGCUGUGGUUUUCAGACACGUGUUUUGUAGAGCACAACUGGUUUCACUUGAUUGGCAUCAUAUGUGGUCUUGCAAUCUACAAUUUCACAGUGGUAGACCUUCACUUUCCCUUGGCUCUGUACAAAAAACUCUUGAAUGUGAAGCCCUGCCUAGAGGAUUUGAAGGAGCUGUCCCCUACGGAAGGAAGGAGUCUCCAGCAACUUCUAGAUUAUCCUGGGGAAGAUGUGGAGGAGAUAUUCUGUUUGAAUUUUACAAUCUGCAGGGAAAGCUAUGGUGUGACAGAGCAGAAGAACCUGAUUGAACAUGGAGAUAAAAUCCUGGUACAGAAGAACAAUAGGGAAGAAUUUGUCGAAGCCUACGUAAAUUACAUCUUCAACCUCUCCAUCCAAGAGUGGUACACAGCCUUUUCUACUGGCUUCCUGAAAGUGUGUGGUGGGAAGGUCCUGGAACUCUUCCAGCCCACAGAGCUCAGGGCCAUGAUAGUUGGAAACAGUAACUACAACUGGGAGGAACUGGAGGAGAGCGCUGUCUAUAAGGGAGACUACACUGCCACACACCCAACUGUGAGAAUGUUCUGGGAAACCUUCCAUGAAUUUCCCUUGGAAAAGAAGAAGAAAUUUCUCUUGUUCCUGACGGGCAGUGACCGCAUUCCCAUCUACGGCAUGUCCAGCCUGCGCAUCAUCAUCCAGUCGACACCCAGCGGGGAGCAGUACCUGCCUGUGGCUCACACCUGCUAUAACCUGCUGGACCUGCCCAAGUACAGCAGCAAGGAGAUCCUCAGCGCCCGCCUCGUCCAGGCCAUUGAUCAUUACGAGGGCUUCAGCUUGGCCUGACCCUGUGGGGCCAGCACAGACUCUUGGGUGCUGAGCAACAGAACAAUGGGCUUGGGCUUUAUUUUUGUAAGAGAAUAGGUCUGAACUUUUUUUUCCUUUUUUUUCUUUUUUUUUUUUCUUUUGGAGGGGUCUAAAUAUAAAUAAUUAUAGUAAUAGAGAUGAUGCAGUCUCAGCUUGAUGCUGCCAGCAUUUUGUGGGGAUUCAGCAGGGAGAGGCUCUUGCUUUGAAUUUUUUCAUAUACUGAACAAAACCAGUUCAGUGGGCAUUUCUGUUGUUUUCCCUCCAACAUGACAUCACUACCCUCCUGGCAAUUCCUUGUGGUUUGCUUUUGUUGCCCCCAUACACACACAAUCUUACCUCUUCUUUUAGUUCAGUUGAAAUAUUUUGAUGUCCUUUGCAUUUAGGGUAUGGUGGAAACAGGAUGACAUAGCGAUCUCCUCUUUGAAAAGCUGUGAUUUCCCCCCACCCUUUUUCCCUCCCUUAUUAAAUGCAAGCUGGUUCUUGUUUGUUUUGAAUGGAGCUAUCUCCUCUGCCCUUCAGUCCUUGGUGGAUGGUACUGGGCUGGGAUGACAUUUGUGACCCCAGGGCGGUGCAUUAGUGAUGUUCUGUCUUCUUGCACCAGGAUUUGUCAUGGAAAAUACUGUAGUUUACUGAGGUUGGCUUGUUUUUCCUCACUUGUCUUGAAUUUUGUUUUCAGGCUUCUCAAAGAAGCCUUAGAAUCCCUCUGGAGUGAGGUUUGUGUUAGGCUUGUGGAAGGACAAGCCCUGCCUAUCAUAGCAGGUUUCUCUGAAUGCCUCCCUGGUGUUGUGUUUCUGUCCUGGUAGGUCUGCAGUCUGGGUGGGUGGGCCACCCUCUUUUUCCAUCCCAACAGCCCCGUUACUCCAGUACAAGGUGAGGUGGCUGCUUUUACUGCUGCCACCUUUGUCCAGAGGAGCUGUGUGCAUGGAUGUGCGAGUGCAGGGCUGUGGGAGUGUGGGAAGGGUACACAAUCUCUCCAGUCUUGUCAGGUCAAAGAAAGGAGUAGAAAAUCCCCAUUUGAGUGAUAGCUCUGUCUGUAGACUAGUUUGAUCUUUGCAGUUAGGCUUACUUUACUUUGCUGUUUGAGAACCGCCCUCUCACUUAGCAACUGUUUUGCCAGGGGGCCUGAAGGACAAUCUGUACGAAUUAAACUGAAAAUGUUGAAAAAUCUCUACCUAAAUCUAUCCUUUAUAAUUGGAGAGCUUUUGUCCUCUUUUCCUCGGUCUCACUGCCCCAUUAAGUGAAGUUUGAAUGAUUUUUCUCCCUUCUCCCUUGCCAUUUCUCAGACUUUGGUGUAAAUCUCAUUUUAAGCCUAGGGUGGUCUUGACAUUGACUUGUUAUUAGGAAAUAGUAUUUAUGCAUCAUGUUCAAUUUACAGUAUUGAACUUUGCACCUCGUAACAAAAGGUUUUAGGCUUAUGGAUUUUUUUUUUUUUUAAGGACGAGCUGUGGGCUACAUUGAGAGCCCCCAGCCUCUUUCUAAUGCAGCAUUGAAGACAAAUAUACAAUUAUAUCAAAUGUUUAUUUUCAAUGUGUGUGUACAUAGUACAGUAUUAUGCAAUAAAUUUGAUGUUUAAUUCUGA